AUGACAGAAGGGGAAAGCAAGUUGAUGUUAGAAUUUAUCGUAAAGGGUUCCCCCAAAUGUGAAGAAAUGGUAAAGUUUUGCCACUGGCGGCCGGCUCUUAACACCGAAUGGCAUUCCGUAGACUGUUGUGAGAAGUUCUUUAAGCCUGUACUCACAGAAUAUGGCCUUUGUUAUGCCUUCAACAACUUGCCACUUGGAGGAAUGACAAACAAUACUUUAGAAUGGCAGAAGACCUUCAACGACAACAAAACAUCCACUACUACUACAGAAUGGAGUUUAGAUGAAGGAUACCCCAAAGUAUUUCCACCAGUAGCUGGAAUGAUUCCAUACAGAGUGAUGGCGUCAGGGGAAGCCAAUGGUGUGAGCAUGGAACUAUACUUGAACACAAGUGAUCACCAAUAUGAUUGCGAUGGUCACUUCAUGGGUUUCAAUAUCCUCAUAAGAUCACCAACUGAUCACGUCUACAGCACCACAAUCCUCCGACUACCCAUGGAUAAGAUGACGACCAUUGAAGUUACUCCUACCACUUACAAAACAGACGCUUCCUUACGCGCGCUCCUGCCAGAUCUGAGGCAGUGCUUCUUUCAGAAUGAGAGGAAACUGCAAUACUUCGAGUUCUACACGGACAGCAACUGUCAACAAGACCUGCUGAUGCGGGAGACAAUGGAGAAAUGCAAAUGUGUGAUGUACAAUUGGCCGAAGACAUCGGCUUUAGAACCAACUUGUUCCACCGAAGAUGAUUUUUUUUGCAUCAAAAAUGUAAAAGAGGUGGUUGAGCAACUAUUGAUUUACGCAUAUUACAAAGACAGUGAUGAACAGAGACAGCAUCAUCAGGCCUCGUCAUCGUGCUAUCCCUCCUGCAAUGACGUCUUAUACUCCAGCCAGGUGUACUAUUCGGAUCUGGGUAAACAGCGGAGGGAUGAUAAAAUGGAUCGGAAAGAAUUCCAAAAGGGAGAGAGAACCAACCUUAACAUACAUUUCUACAACGACAUGUUCUUGGGACAGCACCGUCACGCCCAAUACGACGAUUACUACUUUGCUGGUGCCAUCGGUGGCCUGUUCAGUCUGUUUCUGGGCUUCAGUAUUAUAAGCGUAGCGGAAAUUGUUUAUUUUGUGAUAUUUAAACCAAUCUAUUUGGCUUUUAGAGACAUAUUUAUGAAAACUAUUUGA